CGAUGGCGCGCGGCGCGAAGCGCGCGCGCGCGUCGACCGGCGCGCGGCGCGGCGCGCGCGCGUCGGACAAGACGACGCGCGCGGCGAGCGAGGCGCCCGAGAUCGCGGCGCGAAGCAUCGCGCGCGGAUUGAUUCGCCUCGCCGAGGAGUGCGAAGACGCGAACGACGCGCUGGGCGCGAUCAAGGCGCUCGAGACGCUCAUCGCGAACGCGAAGACGAAGGCGAAGUGUUUACCGCAGAUCGAGGCGCGGUGUCGGGUGAAGUGCGCGUCGCUGCUGUUGAAGCACACGGACAACGCGCAUCGAGCGAAGACGCAUCUGGAGGCGGCGCAGGUGCUGUUGAAACCGCUGAAGCGAUGCGAGGAACUGCGGGUGCACGGGCUGAGUCUGCUGGGGCGGACGUAUAAAAUGAUGGGGAACGAAUAUCGAAGACAGCGGUUCGGCGCGACGCAGCGCGGGUUGCAGAUGGCGAUCGGGAUGCGCGAGCGGGCGCCGGAGGACGCGAGGUGGACGAUGUGGACGUUUCAUUACUAUCUCGAACACGCGGACGCCUGCAUGGUGGAAGAAGAUUGGACGGGAUGCGAGACUUACUUAGAUGCGGGAUUGAAGGUGGUGCGAUCUAUUCAUAAAGACACCGGGUCGAAGAUGGAGGUGUUGUUUGCCGUCGCGCAACUGCAGCGCGCGUUGGCGCAGCGGGCGAGCGGGAGCGAAGAGCAUCACGUGUACGCAGCGGCGAAGAGUGCUGAUGAGGCGAUGACGAGGAUGCUUAGCGAAAUCAAAACCCCGGAAGACACGGCGAGGUUGCGGUUUCACUAUUACGUCACCCGUACUCUCGGUAAGCUCAUGGAAGGGGAUCCGAUUGCGGCGAAAAAUGAUCCGAGCAAGUUCAAGUCGCUCAUGGAUGAGGUGAGACACGCGAACAAGGAAGCGUAUAAAUGGCUCCCCGAUCCCGCUGCGUUUGCUUUGGCCAACUACUUGUCCGCCGAAGUCGUUCGACCGGGCGGUGAAUUGAAGAAAGCGAUGAUGUAUCUCACCGACGCAAAGGAGUUUGUGGACGAGGAGCUCCGCGCGCUCGGCGUUUUGCCGCAAGGCGGCGACGCGCCCGUGGUGAAGACGGAAGAAGGCGAGAGUGAUGCGGAUGAAGACGAUGAUGUCGAACGUCUGUGGGUGACGUGCGAGGAAGAGAUGCAGUUUCGCGUCGCUCAAGACGCGAGACCAUACUUGUACUUGCGAGUCCUCAUUCUCGAAUCCAUCGUCUCCGUGGCGCUCACGUCGUUCAAGUACGACGUGGCCUUAGACGUGGCGUGCCAGAUGACGGACAUGAUCGAAACGUAUCCUCAGACGUUGAGUUUACUCGCGUCUCACGUCGAAAUGGUCGCCGGUCACGCGAUGUACGCGCUUGGAAAGUACAACGAGGCGAGCGCUCGAUUCGCGCGUUCGGCGUCGUUGGCGAGCACGCCUAGCUGGCGCGAUAUCGGUACUCUGUGCUCGGCGCUCGCGCUUUUGUGCUGCGAAGAAGAGGACAGCGCCAGUCGCGCUUUAGAAUUAGUCAAACCCGUGGUGAGAUCGCACAAGGAACAAAAGAGCGCGAGCGUCCUGAAUCAAGUCCUCGCCUUGUUCACGAGCGGAUGCGCCCUGCGCGAGCAGGGUCGCUUCGACGACGCCAGGAAUCAUCUAGGGCGCGCGUUGAAGAAGACGUACGAUCAAGUCGGGAACCACCAGCUCAUGGCGUCUUGCUUGCGAUUGAUCUGCGGCAUCGACACCGCGAGUGACGAGACAAAAGGUAUGGCGGAGUCCGCUUUCGGGCUCUCCAAGGUGCAGGAGGAUUUGCCCACCCAAGUCGCCGCCCUGAUCGAUCUCAAUCGCAUCUACACCGCCGUACCGCCGACGGACGCGAACAAGAACCCGCUUUCCCCGGAAGACGCGGAAAAGAUGCGCCAAUCCUACGAGGUUUACGAAAACCGCAAGCAGAAACAAUACGACGACUACAUGACGUCGAUUCUCGAAAACGAGACGUGCGUCGAGCGCGCGACGCGCCUCGAGCGCGGCGUCCAACCCUAGCCCUCGCGGUCCCGCGCGUCGAAUCGAUCGACCAUCUCAUCAACCACCGCCGCACCGCCGCACCGCUACACCGCUACC